AUGCUUACUACUUACCGGCUACUUCAUUUUCAUUUCCUUCUCACUUUUUUCUUCUUUUUCUUCCACUCACACUUCACUUCAGGGAAACUACAUGAUGGAAACGCUGUAACAUUUUCUCGGUAUGAUGCAAUUGCUGCUGAACCCGAACCUGAACCUCAACCGUAUGAAAACUCACCACUUCCCUUAGCAGCAGAGAGAACCAGAAGAAAAGAUCCUUUAGAUGGCUUCAAUGAGUACACAAAUGGAUGGAACAUCAGUGACCACCACUAUUGGGCUUCAGUGGCAUAUACAGCAGUCCCUGUAUUCAGCAUUGCAGCAAUCUGGUUCUUAGGCUUUGGCUUCUGUUUAUUACUUCUCAUUGUUUGUUACUUCUGUCAUAAAUCCGAGCCUUAUGGUUAUUCUCCGACCUGCUACACAUUUUCCCUUAUUCUUCUCAUAUUGUUCACAAUUACAACAAUGAUUGGAUGUGCGGUUCUAUAUUUUGGCCAAGGUAGUUUUCAUCGCAGCACGACAUCAACAUUGCAGUAUGUGGUAUAUCAAGCUGAUUCUACUGUGGAUAAACUAAGGAAUGUUUCUGAUUUCCUUGCUCAAGCUAAGCAGGUUGGAAUCGACCGUGUUUUUCUCCCGGUGAAUGUUCAAACUGAUAUCGAUGAGGCAGAAACAGAUAUCAACGCUUCUGCUGGCACAAUUUCUGAUAAAACAAAGGAGAAUUCAGACAACAUUCAAGAUCUAUUAGAUUCUGUGAGGAUGGCGCUCAUCAUAAUAGCCGCUGUUAUGCUAGUUUUGACGUUUCUUGGAUUUCUGUUCUCAAUUUUCGGAAUGCAGGUCCUUGUGUAUAUCCUCGUAAUCGCAGGAUGGUUUCUUGUUACUGGUACCCUUAUAUUAUGUGGCUUGUUCCUUAUUCUCCACAACGUGACAGCAGAUACUUGUGUAGCCAUGAAUGAGUGGAUCCAAUAUCCUACUGCAAAUACAGCUUUAGAUGAUAUUCUGCCCUGUGUCGACAACGCCACAGCUCAAGUAACUUUGUUAAGAAGCAAAGAAGUGACUUCUGAACUAGUAAACUUGGUGAAUCAAGUUAUUACCAAUGUUUCUAACAUCAACUUUGCGCCCAAUUUCACGCCAUUGUAUUACAAUCAAUCUGGUCCCUUGAUGCCACUUCUCUGCGAUCCGUUCCAUCCUGACAUGACAGAUAGACAAUGUGACUCCGGUGAAGUGAAUCUAAGCAAUGCAACACAGGUAUAUGGAAAUUCUGUGUGCCAGGUUUCGCCAUCAGAGAUAUGCAUAACUCAAGGGCGUUUAACCCCGACGUUCUAUAACCAAAUAUCCGCCGGAAUAAACGUUGGUAACGCGUUAUAUAUGUAUGCACCUUCCCUUAUUGAGCUACAAGACUGCACAUUCGUUCGAGAAACAUUCACUGAUAUAUACAACGAUCAUUGUCCUGGUCUCCGACGUUACAGUAGAUGGAUUUAUGUUGGAUUAAUAUUGGUCUCUUUUGCUGUGAUGUUCUCAUUGAUCUUCUGGGUUGUGUAUGGAAGAGAGCGGAGACAUCGUCUAUAUAGGAAGGAGUCGAAAAAUUUAAGAAUAACCACACGUGCACCAACAAAUGGACGUGCAUUGACAAAUGCACCUGCACCAACAACAAAUGCACUUGCACUAUAUUCCUGA